AUGGCACAAUCACCACUUGGGAUGAAUGCAAGAAGGCCUUUCUUGCUAAAGUUUUUCUCCACCGGUCGCACAGCCAAGCUUAGAGGAGAGAUAUCCAGCUUCAUCCAGCGAAACAAUGAGACAUUCGCAGAGGCUUGGGAGAGGUUCAAAGGCUACACAAGUCAGUGCCCACACCAUGGAUUCAACAAUGAAUCACUACUCUCCACUCUUUAUAGAGGAUGCUUGCCUAGGUAUAGGGAGAUGCUAGACACAGCUAGCAAUGGGAACUUCCUCAACCAGGAUGUAGAUGAUGGCUGGCAACUUGUGGAGAACAUGGCCAUAUCAACAGAAUGCUAUGGAGAGCAUAUGAAAGUACAGAUUGGAGCUCGACCGCGCACUCGAUCGAGCUGGAGGCUCAGAUGA